UCCCUCCCAAAUACAACCCAUCUGCCACCCACAACAACGAUGACCACCCCCCCAAACCACGCCCUCGUCUUCGGCGCCUCCGGCAUAAUAGGCUGGGCCUUCGUCAACGAGCUCCUAAACAACUACCCCUCCCCCGACACCUUCUCCCGCGUCACUGCCUUCACCAACCGUCCUUUAUCACCAGAAAUCUCACAAUGGCCCCCCUCCAACAAACUGCAGCUAGUCUCCAACCUGGACCUCAUCCACAGCGACCCAACCAGCCUGUCCACCUUCCUGCAAUCCCACGUCCCCGAUUUGGGAACAGUAACAACCGUCUACUUCUGCGCCUACAUCUUCUCCGCGGACCCGGCCACCGAAACCGCCCAAAAUAUCCACAUGCUCCGCACCACAGUCCAAGCGAUUGAAUCCCUAUGCCCGAAUUUCCGAAUGCUCGUGCUCCCCACGGGCGUUAAGGCCUACGGCGUGCACCUCCUCGCAUCCUUCCCCUUCGCCUCCCACCUCCCCCUCCGCGAAACCCACCCCGCGCUCCCCUCACCCCACGCCACGCAACUCUUCUACACGCACCAGCACGCCCUCCUCCAGGAGCUGUCUGCGACCAAACAAUGGAGCUACAUCGACCUCCGCCCCGACAUCGUGGUGGGCUUCGUGCCCAACAACAACCAGCACAGUCUGGCACAGUGGCUGGCCCUGUCCCUGAGUCUGUACCGGUACAUCCACGGCCGGGGCGCGGUGGUGUCGUUCCCUGGCACACCGAAGAGCUGGACCGCCAGGGCGCAGGAUAGUUCGCAGGAUGUGAUUGCCCGAUUCGGGAUUUUUCUUUCCUUGAAGUCAAAGGGGGAGGUAGGGGGGGAGAGCUUUAACGUGGCUGAUGCGAAAGAGCCGGGGACGUGGGAGGGGAAGUGGGCGGUUCUGUGUGAGUAUUUCGGGUUGGUGGGGGUGGGGCCUGAGGAGGGGGAGGGGUGGGAUCCGGUGGAGUUUUUGCAACGGCAUAAGGCUGAGAGGGGGCAGAUGGAGAGGGAGUAUGGGGUGAGGGGUGGGCAUGGGACGGUCGAGGAUGGGGUGAGUUUGAGCCAUGUGCCUGGGUUCUUGAUGAAGGGAUUCGAUUUUGAUCGCCCGUUGGAUCUGGGGAAGAUGCAUCGGGAUUGGGGGGAUGCGGCGGAGGAGAGGGAUGCGCGCGGCACGUGGUGGCCGGGUUUUGAUCGGUAUAGGGCUGCGGGGAUUAUUCCGGAUUUUGGGAGGUGAUUCUGUUUUAAUGUGUUAUACGGAGAGGGUGUACUGAAUAUCAUGUGUGAACGGCACAGUAUGUGUGGUAUUGAGGCGAGAGGAUGGGUGUCAUUAUAUAGUCGACAGGCUACUGCCCACCCCUCCUCUCCCUCGCCAAUUUCUCUCUCACCGGCGCAAAGAUC